AUGGAGUCACAGACUAUUGAUGAAGCUGAAGAUGAGUGGAGCCAGCACAAUGCAAAGAAACUUAUUGAUACAAGUCAAAAGGGAUUGCGUAAUUCAAUUCCCAAGAACUUUCCAUAUUUCCACGUUGAAUUUGGUUUAAACAAGGGUUUUGUCCAUGUUAUUGAUGAUGAAAAGCAGUUUAAUGGCAGCCUUGGCUUGAAUGUGGUAAGAGGCAUGCUACAUUUGGCAGAAGAGGACAUGUACAGGCGACGACGCUACGAGGCCAUCGAGGUACAAAAGCAAGCAGUUGCAAGCUUUUCCAAAGAGUGGAAUCAUUUUGACUGGACAAAACAGCUUAAUGAAACUUCCUAA